AUGGCUACUCCAAGGCCAUCUACAUCCCAGAGCUAUGCCUCACCUUCCUACCAGAAUGGAUAUACUAUUUCAACCUCUCAGGCCUAUGGCACUCGUCCAAGUACCGCUCGUCCUGGAACUGCUCGACCAAGUACAGGCCGACGUUCGCGCGCAGGCUCAACAAUUGGUGGCGGAGAAUCUCAGCAGAUCGUCUGUGCCAUCAAUGAGGGCAGAGGAAUCACACCAACCGUCGGUCUCGCAUUUGUUAAUAUCUCUACUGGGGAAGCAGUUCUCAGUCAGAUCUGUGACAACCAAUUCUACGCGAAGACUCUGAACAAGCUCCAGGUCUUCGAGCCUACUGAAAUUCUCAUCGUUUCCACGGCUGGCCCUCCAAACCUGAAGUCAACGAUGUAUAAGAUUGUCGAAGAAAACAUUAUCGGAGCAAAAAUGGUCCUAGUGGAUCGUCGGUAUUGGUCAGAGACCUCAGGACUUGAAUUCAUUUCGCAGCUGGCAUUCGCAGAGGACGUGGAAGCAAUCAAGGUUGCCAUUGGCGGUAGCUAUUUUGCUACCUGCUGCUUUGCUGCGACUCUAAAGUAUAUCGAACUCAAGAUGUCUCUAACCUUUGCAUUCCGUUCUCUUCGCAUCAAAUUCCAACCCUCAGAAGGCUCUAUGAUGAUUGACCUCUCCACUAUCCAAUCGCUAGAAUUGAUCCAGAAUAUCCACAAUCCAAAAUCGAAGGAGUCCUUGUUCGGACUAAUGAAUCAAACUAUUACGCCGAUGGGUUCCCGGCAGCUUAGGAGCAACAUUCUCCAACCGUUAAUUCAACCAGAAGUUCUUAUUCACCGUUGGGACGCUGUUGAAGAGCUUACAUGUCUGAAGGCCUUUCAUGAUAUUGAGAAGCUCUUGACCAGCCUGAUCAUCAUCCCUACGCAACCCGACAUACGACAUUCGGAACAAGCCAUCAAUAAUGUACUCAUGCUCAAGACCUUUGUCGAGUCUGCUCUAAAGUUGUAUGAAACACUCGCCGGUGCGCGAUCAGAGCUUAUUCUUGAGAUACGAGGCCAUAUGUGUCCCGAAAACAUUAAUCCCACGAUCCAGCUUAUCGCAGAAGUCAUCAAUGAUGAUGUGACAUACCAAAAGGCUCCUCUGGACUUACGAAAUCAGAGGACUUACGCUGUCAAGACUGGGGUAAGUGGCCUUCUCGACGUCGCGCGGGAUACUUUCAGAGAAGCCACUCAAGAUGUGCACCAACAUGUCACGGAAAUCAAUGAAACCUAUGGGAUGCAAGUAGAUACAAGAUAUGACAACGCACGGCGAUACUACCUACGAGUUUUCGAAUCAGACUUCAAUGGACAAGCACUUCCAGAUAUCCUAAUUAACCAAUAUCGCAAAAAGGGCUUCAUCGAAUGCCAGACACUGGAUCUUAUGAAGCUGAAUCAGAAGAUUGAAGACUCGCACCAAGAGGUUGUCCUGAUGAGUGACAAAACUGUCCAGGAGUUACUCGACAAUAUUCGUGGGGAGAUUCCGAACCUUUUCAAAGUCUGCGAGAGCAUUGCAAUGCUAGACAUGAUUGCUGCGUUUGCGCACCUAGCCACAACAAGUGAUUACUGCAAGCCAGAGAUCAGCGACUGCAUAGUUAUCCAAAGUGGCCGUCAUCCAAUUAGAGAGAAAGUCCACAAAAAUAACAAAUUCAUUUCCAACGACGUUUAUGCAACACAACAGACUCGAUUCCAGAUCAUCACCGGCUGUAAUAUGAGUGGGAAAAGCACUUAUAUUAGAUCUACUGCGCUCAUGUGCGUAAUGGCGCAAGUUGGAAGCUUUGUCCCCGCUCAAUAUGCUUGCUUCCCUAUGAUUCGCCAACUCUUUGCACGGGUUUCUAUGGAUGAUAGCAUUGAAGCUAAUGUCUCUACAUUUGCUUCCGAGAUGAGAGAGACUGCAUAUAUUCUUAGAAACAUUGAUAAGCACAGUCUAGCUAUCAUUGAUGAGCUUGGCCGAGGGACCAGCACUCGAGAUGGCCUUGCAAUUGCAUUGAGCAUCGCAGAAGCAUUAGUUGAGAGCAAGGCUUUGGUAUGGUUUGCCACACAUUUUCGUGAGAUUGCACAAAUCAUGAAAGAGCGUCCCGGCGUCAUCAAUUCCCACCUAGCCGUCGAUAUGAGCGAAGAAAAUACAAUGACAAUGCUGUACAAGGUCAAGAGCGACUUCGUGAAGGAGGAACACUACGGUCUUGCCUUGGCCCGAGUCGUCGAUCUCCCUGCACAGGUCCUCGAAGUUGCAGAGACUGUCUCCAGAGCCCUCGAAGCACAAACCGAAGCAAAGAAACAGUCAUCCAAAUCGUGUGCCAUUGCGAAGAGGAGGAAGGUUGUCUUGAGUCUGAGGGAGGUGCUGCAGCAGGCGGCAGAUAGUCCUAUGGAGGGAAAGGUCCUUUUGAAUUGGUUGAGGAAGUUGCAGGAGGAGUUUGUGCGACGAAUGGAGCAGAUUGAGAAUGAUGUUGUGAGCAGCGAUGCGGAGGAUGCGGAGUCAGAGGAAGAACAGGCGGAAAGUAUGGUUACGCCUGAUAAUGAUAUUGCUUGA